UUUUAUUUUGCGUGAUGAUGUCAUCGGCGCGCGUCCCAGCCGGGUUGAGUAUUUUUGGACAGGACAAACGGUGAUGAUUGUGUACAAUAUCAUACAGCAGUGUGCUAAAGUGUCCCGUUUCACCGCAAAACCGGACAAGUGUAAAGCACGCGAGGGACGUGAGUGAGGAUCGCGGGGAGUUAGUUGACAUACAUAGUCUGUGGGAAGUGGUUGAGACUGCUCUUUUGCAUCUUGCUGCUGUCAUCUUAAACAAUGGAGGAGCCCCAUGUUCACUGCAUGUCCUGCAUAAGCAGGCGAUGCAUGGUCAAGCCUGAACCCGGCACCUCCUGUGACCUCAUCACCUGCCCUCUCGUAUGCGGUGCCAUCUUCCACAGCUGCAAGGCUAUUGAACACAAGCUGCUGUGCCCGCUUGAAAGGGUGCCAUGUCUUAACCACAGCAUCGGAUGCCCUUUUACCCUGGCCCGUGGCCAGAUGGCGGAGCACCUCGAGGUGUGUCCUGCAGGUGUGGUGUGCUGCACCAUGGAGUGGAAUAGGUGGCCAGUGAAUUACGAGGACUAUCGUUCGUAUGAGCGACUGAGUCAAGAAGCAGAUGAGGUGGAGCAGCUUGACAUGGCGCUCGCCCUUCAGGACCAGCGCACCAUGCUAGCAUCACUUAAACUCGUCUCUCUGGCUCCCACUUGUGGACCAGAGAAAAGGACUCAGGCAGUAGGACAACGUGAAAAGCCUGGUCUAGUCUCAGUUGCUCAGGUGGAGGACAUUGAGAUGGAGCCUACGGCUGGCUGUUCAAAAGACAAGAUUUCCAAUGGGAUCAAUGGUCUAAAAGAAGAACAUUACGGGGGGCUCUACCAAACCACGGUGGAGACGACCAAAAGCCUGGCCGCAGCUCUUAACGUCCUGAUCCACCUCAAUUCUUCUGAAACAGACUGUACAACUACUAAUGCGUCAGCUGCACUUCCAGAGCGCAAUGGGGAACGGCAUGAGAAGGUGAGGGUGAGAGAAGACGCCGCGUUCAGCUGUGAUAAAAUAGCCAGUGGAAUCAAUGGCCUAAAAGAGGACCUCCAGCCUCAACAGCACCAGAAACUCAUGGAACUUGGCAGGAACUUGGCCUCUGCGCUCGGUGCAUUAGGAGAUGUUGUCAAAGGCACAGAGACAAUUAACGAGAAUGGUAAGCAAUCAGAAACGGUGGAGUCUGUUGAUAUGAAGGACGUUACUUCGGAGGUUGAUGGUGAGCCUGGGGCUGUUGGGGGAUUUGAUGGUGGAGAAGCCACUGUAGCUCAUGAGGCAGCAGAUGAGUGCUGCCCACUCAUGCUAGGGGACAUAGAUAGGCAAGGUUUCUGUAAUGGUUCCCAUAGUAUUGUAGAUGAAAUGAUGGAAUCGACCACAGAACACCAUCAAAAUCCAGAGUCCCGAGGUUCUCGAGAGUUUGUCGGUCCUUUAGUUCCUCAUAGACCAGAGAUCAGACAUGACCAACACGCUUUCUUGAUCCAGGAGGCCUCUGGAUCACAAGCCCCAUUGCUGCAGCAGCCUAUACAUGCUCAGACUUUGACCGUCCAGAGGGACAACGUGCUACCUGUGAUGGCAUUAGACUUUGAAGAUAGGGCUUUUGAGAGGAAACUCCAAAACCUUCAGUUGCUGCGCAAUUUUAUGCCACUUGCACUUAACGGACGGAAGGGGUCGUUUACCGAAGGGUUUCCCUAUAGGAAUCCACGAUGCAAAAUGGAGGACAAAGCUGUGGACACAUCAGAUUUAGAUCAGGAGCCGGUGGACGACCCCAUGGGACUGGGCGAAAUUGACUUUACGGCGGCAGCUCUUCUGUUCUGCCUGGAGGAGUCGCCACGGGCUCGGAGGAUAUCCGACACGGUCUAUGCGUUUGGCGGUACGCGUGUUGACUUCGGCACCCAGACGUUUAGUUUCCCUGCUGCCAUCUUGGCAACAAGUACGAUGGUGGGAGAGGUCGCGUCCGCUUCCGCUUGCGAUCGAGCCGCACCUCGCCUUUCACAGCCAAGUCCGUUUUGCACUCUUCGGCUCGACCUGACGCUGGAGCAGCUCGUGCCUCGCCCAAGCUGGGCUCCACGAGAGGGCUCCAUGUUCACCUUUGAGUGCGGCCAGCUCUUCCGUCGAGAAGAGUUCCUCUCGCAUUUCCGAAAUGUUCAUGGAGAUAUCCACUCUGGACUCAAUGGCUGGAUGGAGCACCGUUGCCCGUUAGCGUAUUACGGCUGUACGUACUCUCAACGAAGACUCUCCCCGUCCACUCAAGGGUCGAAGGUUGUCCACGACCGCCACCUCAGGUCAUUUGGGGUAAAACCCCUCUCAAAACCUGUAAUAGUACCUAAGUGCGAUCACCUUAGUGGUUUGCCGUUUGAAGUACUUCAACACGUAGCCCGAUUUCUGGAUGGCUUCGGCCUGUGUCAGCUGUCAAUGGUGUCUCGUACGAUGAGGGAUGUUUGUGCCAGUCUGCUACAGAGCCGUGGCAUGGUGGUGGUUCAGUGGGAAAAGAAGCAAUAUUUGGAUGGAAGACGAUCCUGGCAGAUAAAAGACAAGGUUUGGCGGUUCAGCACAGCCUUUAGCCCGGUUAACAGGUGGGAGUUUGCGGACAUCACUAGUAUGGCUGACCACCUGAAACGAUGCCCAUACAAUGAAGUCCUCCGCCAAGUGGAGGCGGUUCCUCUGCCCUGCAUGUGCACGACCAGAGAGCUGACGCGCGACGGCAGGUCGCUUCGCUCCGUUCUCAAGCCAGUGUCAUAAGUUUGCAACUAAAACACUACAAUAUCUAACCUCUUCAAUCUACAAUAUACUAUCACUGUGUAAAUAAAAGGAAACAAAAUAUUUUUUUUGUUUUGUUAUGAUGUUAAGAUUAUUUUUGUAUUAAUAUAUGAAAGAUCGGUGGUGUCUGAUGCAAUGGUUCGUCUACUAAAAUCACACCCAUGCUUUAUCUAGACUAAUGCUGAGAGAGGACUGGUUUAAGGGAGUGUAAACAUGGGUGAAACAAGUGCGGUAUUAUGAGCCUCAACCUGUCGAAUAGAUGCUUGAUUUAUUUGUCUUGACACACCAAGGUAAUCUCUGGUAAUGAUUUCUGGUUCCUGUCGACACAUAUCCACACUAUAGGAUAUUUGCAUGGUUUGGUUAAGAUAUCGUUCUUUCUUCGAUUGUGUGUGAUUAUCUCUGGACAGAUAAGUUCUGUGUUAUGCUGACAUUGCAGACAGGCUCAGUUCAGCCUGAUCUGGGAACAGCUGUCAUGCUUAAGAAUGCAAGGGCUUGAAUCUAUAUUGGGUUGCAGAGUAAGAGAGCUGCUCUGCGGGGAUUUUUUUCUCUUUUUUUUCGCAUUGUCAUUGAAAAGAGGGUUUUCAUGUACAGCAAUUUUACCUUGAAGGCUUCAUCCAGAAAUUGCACCAGUGAACUACAGCUGAUUGAAUCACACUCGAUGUGUACUGACGCAUCCAUACUAAAACACCUUGAACAGUUUUAGUUCAUUCUCCAGUACUAUAUCACUCAAUAUCAGCAUGCCAGGUUAGCAUGCAUCAACAUUUAGAGUAUGUAUCAAAUAUGGUCCUGUAUCCUCACUAACCUGGAGCAAGACACUCUGCUGUUGUGUUCCCCAUUGAGUGAGUGAGGGAAAGCUUAGGUAACAAUAUAUUUAAGUACAAAGAAGAGCUCUAACUUAAAUAUAUGUGAUGUGUGACAUAUUAUAACCUGUGUGCUGUGAGCAUUUGUCGAAGCUAAUAUUUAUCGGUGUGAACUGCAGCUAAUGAACCACAGAAGUGUUUAUUUUCAUCAAUAGAAGGUUUAUGGAAAGCAUGUCAGGAGCUGUUUUAGGCUUCUCAGCUUGACUCACCCAAGGGUGUGUGGUUGCAUUAAAAUGAAGUGAUGAUUUAUUUUAUUUUUUUGUUAAUGCAGUCCAUAUAUUGUAUUACUGAAGCCAUGUUUGACUGUUUAACAUCUGAGGAGGAGAAAUUACCAGUGCAGCUGUUGGUUGGAAUUGCAUAUAUUUUAUUAUCUUUAUUCUGGCUCAAUGUCUUUCUAUAUUUUUUAACUGUAUGCUUACAGACUACAUCAAAACCUAACUUUUAACUGGUUUAUACUCUGGAGAUGAUGUGCUGCUGUCCCCGAGAAUGUGUUGGCACUUUGAAGUUUAUAAUAAAAUAAUUUAAUACAAUUAAUAAAGUACCUAUUCAGACGAA